AUGGCGAGGCCACAAAGGACAGGUAGAAAUAAAAGCCUAGAGACUCUAAUGGACUCGGACAACCCAGGAACCGGAAGAAAUGUGAACCAACUGCGACCCCAGAAGUCCACUCCUGGCAAUGGCCUUGAAUUCAGUAAUCUCUCGUAUAGUAUCAUAAAGAAGCAGAAAAAGGAUGGGGUUCGGAUCAAGAAAGAAACAUAUCUUCUUCAUGAUAUCUCUGGCCAGGCAAUAAAAGGUGAAAUAAUGGCAAUCAUGGGGCCUAGUGGUGCGGGCAAGUCCACCUUUCUUGAUGCAUUGGCAGGGAGAAUUGCUAAAGGGAGUCUAGAAGGAUCAGUUAAACUUGAUGGAAAACCAAUUACUACAAGCUACAUGAAAAUGGUGUCAUCAUAUGUGAUGCAAGAUGACCAGCUCUUUCCUAUGUUGACAGUUUUUGAAACAUUUAUGUUUGCAGCUGAAGUCAGGCUUCCUCCUUCCAUUUCCAGGGGUGAAAAGAAGAAGAGGGUUCAUCAACUCCUUGACCAACUGGGCUUACAGAGUGCUACACAUACCUAUAUUGGUGACGAAGGAAGGAGAGGAGUGUCAGGAGGAGAACGACGAAGGGUAUCUAUUGGCAUAGACAUCAUCCAUAAGCCAUCACUUCUGUUUCUAGACGAACCUACCUCAGGCCUUGAUUCUACAAGUGCAUACAGUGUUGUAGAAAAGGUUAAAGACAUAGCUCGAGGAGGAAGCAUUGUCCUUAUGACCAUACACCAGCCUUCAUUUAGAAUUCAAAUGCUCCUAGACCAGAUUACCGUCCUUGCAAGGGGAAGAUUGAUUUACAUAGGCAAGCCAGAUGCAGUUCAGGCCCACAUGUCCAGAUUUGGAAGGCCAGUACCUGAUGGAGAAAACGGUAUUGAGUAUCUUCUAGAUGUUAUAGGUGAAUAUGAUCAAGCAACGGUUGGGCUUGAUCCCCUAGUCCAAUUCCAACGAGAUGGCCAGAAACCUGACCCAGUAGCCAUGACGCCUGUUCCAAAAACUCCAAGAACUCCUUUCAGAAGGAACACCCCUGCAUCUAAACAAAUUAUUAGUCUACGCAGCCAAGGAUUUACUGCUGGAACACAACAACCUGAUUCUGCACAGUUUAGUUAUCGAGUCGAAGAUGACGAUGAUGAGAUUUUUGAUAACUCGCUUGAAAGGAAAAGUGUUGCAACACCAAGGAAUAUGACUAGUGGUGUUCACCCGCGUUUGGCUUCUCAGUUCUACAAAGAUUUUUCAGCCAAAGAUUUCUCUGUCUGGCUUUACCAUGGUGUCAGAGGAACCCCGCGGCGCCAACCAUCAUGGACUCCCGCAAGAACGCCAGGAUGGACACCUGGGAAAACACCCAUGUCAGGACCAAGAAGCGCAGUUUCCUACCAAUAUUCUGCAGCUUUUCAAAAUCCCUAUCGCCCCAAAACUCCUGCAGUGAAUGGCCAGUCUAUGGACUACUCAGCAACUUCAUAUGCCCCUUCCAUUGAAGCAUUCGAGAUUGAGGAAGCGCUUGAUGAGCCAAACUUAGGAUCCAAGUAUGCAAACCCAUGGUUGCGUGAGGUUGCAGUGCUCUCGUGGCGAACAGCACUAAAUGUAAUUCGCACGCCGGAACUCUUCCUCUCCCGUGAGAUUGUGUUAACUGUUAUGGCACUUAUCCUGUCCAGCAUUUUUGGAAAUCUGAGUCACCAUUCUUUCAAAGACAUCAAUAGGCUCCUCAAUUUCUACAUAUUUGCAGUGUGCCUUGUUUUCUUUUCCUCCAAUGAUGCAGUCCCAUCUUUUAUCAUGGAGAGAUUCAUCUUCAUCAGGGAGACUUCCCAUAACGCUUACCGUGCUUCUUCGUAUGUCAUUUCUUCCCUCAUUGUUUACCUCCCAUUUUUCGCGGUUCAAGGCCUCACAUUUGCUGUCAUAACCAAAGAGAUUCUUCACUUGAAUAGCAGUCUCUUGUAUUUCUGGCUAAUACUUUAUGCCUCGCUUAUUACUACCAAUGCAUAUGUGAUGCUUGUCAGUGCACUUGUGCCCAGUUACAUCACAGGGUAUGCAGUAGUCAUAGCCACCACAGCACUAUUCUUUUUGACUUGUGGUUUCUUCCUCAAGCAAACUCAAAUACCCUUUUACUGGAGGUGGCUUCACUAUAUUUCUGCAAUCAAAUAUCCAUUUGAGGCAUUGCUCACAAACGAAUUCAAGAACCUUGACUGCUACACAGGAAACAUAGCAGAAUUAUCCCCUGGACCAUUAGGAGACUUGAAGCCCAGCAAACAUCAUAACAGCAGUCUGCCAGCUAACUGCUUAUUAGGUGUAGAUAUCUUGUCCUCAAUGGAUAUCAAAAUGCAAAACAUAUGGUAUGACAUUUUAAUCCUGCUAGCUUGGGGUGUUCUUUACAGGUUGUUCUUCUAUUUGGUUUUAAGAUUUUACUCCAAGAACGAGAGAAAAUGA